AGCUCGGAGGGCGGGCGGCCCGGCGCGCCAAGGUGUCCGCGCCUGCUGGUUCCUCACUCCGGGGCGGGGCUCGCGGCAGCUCGCGGAGCACCGCGCCGGGCGGAGCCGAGUCCCAGGCGAGGAAGCCGGAAGCCGGGCGCGGGGAGCCUCCUGCUUCGACCGCCGCCCUGCUCGGCGCCUCCUGCGCGCCUGGGACCGCGGAGCCUUCCUGGGUUCUGUGCGCUCCCGCCAGGCCGGUGCCCCCCGCCCGGUGCCCGCCGCCUGCCGCCCGCCUGGGCCCCAAGCAGGUCCCAGGCCUCUGGCUAAUCCUGGCCGAAGGUGGGGACGGGCAGUGCCAGGCACCGCUAGCGAGGCCCUUUGGGGACCCAGGGUGACCACGGCGCAGCCAUGGGGACCGCGCUUGUGUACCACGAGGACAUGACGGCCACCCGGCUGCUCUGGGACGAGUAAGUGGGACCUGGCCGAGGUGGGGUGCGGGGAGGGAGCUCUGGACUGAGCUCCCCAUCUGCCCCAGCCCCGAGUGCGAGAUUGAGCGUCCUGAGCGCCUGACUGCAGCCCUGGACCGCCUGCGGAAGUGCGGCCUGGAACAGAGGUGUCUGCGGUUGUCAGCCCGCGAGGCCUCCGAAGAGGAACUGGGCCUGGUGCACAGCCCCGACUACGUGUCCCUGGUCAGGGAGACCCAGGUCCUGGGCAAGGAGGAGCUGCAGGCGCUGUCUGGACAGUUUGAUGCCAUCUACUUCCACCCGAGUACCUUUCACUGUGCGAGGCUGGCCGUGGGGGCUGCACUGCAGCUGGUGGAUGCUGUGCUCACGGGAGUGGUGCAAAACGGGCUUGCCCUGGCCACCUGGGCACCACAGCCAGAGGGCAGCUGCCAACGGGUUCUGCGUCUUCAACAAUGUGGCCAUAGCCGCUGCACAUGCCAAGCAGAAACACGGGCUGCACAGAAUCCUCAUCGUUGACUGGGAUGUGCACCAUGGCCAAGGCAUCCAGUAUCUCUUUGAGGAUGACCCCAGCGUCCUUUACUUCUCCUGGCACCGCUAUGAGCACGGGCGCUUCUGGCCUUUCCUGCGAGAGUCGGAUGCGGAUGCGGUGGGGCGGGGACAGGGCCUCGGCUUCACCGUCAACCUCCCCUGGAACCAGGUCGGGAUGGGAAACGCUGACUACGUGGCCGCCUUCCUGCACCUGCUGCUCCCACUGGCCUUUGAGUUUGAUCCUGAGCUGGUGCUGGUCUCGGCAGGAUUUGACUCAGCCAUCGGGGACCCUGAGGGGCAAAUGCAGGCCACACCAGAGUGCUUCGCCCACCUCACACAGCUGCUGCAGGUGCUGGCUGGUGGCCGGGUCUGUGCCGUGCUGGAGGGCGGCUACCACCUGGAGUCACUGGCGGAGUCAGUGUGCAUGACAGUGCGGACGCUGCUGGGCGACCCGGCUCCACCCCUGUCAGGGCCCAUGGUACCGUGUCAGAGUGCCCUGGAGUCCAUCCAGAGUGCCUGUGCCGCCCAGGCUCCGCACUGGAAGAGCCUCCAGCUGCAAGAUGUGACCCCUGUGCCGACGAGUCCCAGCACCCAUUCCCCAGAGGGGAGGCCUCCACCUCUGCUGCCUGGGGGUCCCGUGUGUAAGACGGCUGCAUCUGCACUGAGCUCCCUCUUGGACCAGCCAUGCCUCUACCCUGCACCUCCUCUCUGCCCAGCUGUUGCCCUUACAGCACCAGAUAUCACAUUGGUCCUGCCCCCUGAUGUCACCCAACAGGAGGGGUCAGCCCUGAAUGAGGAGACAGAAGCCUGGGCCAGGGCACACGAGUCCCUGGCCCAGGAUGAGACCCUCACUGCACUUGGAAAGCUCCUGUACCUCUUAGAUGGGAUGCUGGAUGGGCAGGUGAGCAGUGGUAUCGUAGCCACUCCACCCUCGGCCGCAGCAGCCACCUUGGAUGUGGCUAUUCAGAGAGGCCUGUCCCAUGGAGCUCAGAGGCUGCUGUGUGUGGCCCUGGGACAGCUGGACUGGCCCCCAGAUCUCGCCCAUGACGGGAGGAUUUUGUGGCUGAACAUCAGGGGCAAGGAGGCGGCUGCCCUAUCCAUGUUCCAGGUCUCCACACCACUGCCAGUGGUGACUGGUGGGUUCCUGAGCUGCAUCUUGGGCUUGGUGCUGCCCCUGGCCUAUGGCUUCCAGCCUGACCUGGUGUUGGUGGCCCUGGGGCCUGCCCAUGGCCUGCAGGGCCCCCACGCUGCACUCCUGACUUCAAUGCUUCGGGGGCCGGCAGGCGGCCGAGUCCUGGCCCUCCUGGAGGAGGACUCCACACCCCAGCUAGCCGGGAUCCUGGCCCGGGUGCUGCAUGGAGAGGCACCUCCUAGCCUAGGCCCUUACUCUGUGGCCUCCCCAGAGGACGCCCAGGCUCUGAGGUACCUGAGAGGGCAGCUGGAGCGUCAGUGGAAGAUGCUGCAGUGCCGUCCUCAGACCCGGUGACUCGGACCCCGGCCCACAGCUCCCGCCGCACCGGGGCACGGAGCCCCGCCCACUCCCACCCCUGCUCCCCCGCCUCGCCCCUCCCGGCCCGUGCGCCCCACCCUCGCUCCCAUCCUGGCCCCUGCGCCUCGCUGCGCUUCGCCCGCAGCCCUGAUGCAGUCAGUAAACAUCGGCCAAACGAAA